CCACCGCACCCAGCCCUGCCUCCCGAUCAAUCUGCGGUUGUCAACGCUCAUCGGGAGUACAUAUAUACCUGCCGUGCGCCACCGCUUUCUUCCCUAGCUAGCUAGUUCGCUUUCUCCCAAAGUAUUCUUUUCUUCGCGCAGAGCGAGACAGAAAGAGAGGCCGAGAUGAAGCUGGUGUGGUGCCCGGAGACCGCGUCCCAGGCCUUCAUCGCCGGCGUCAGCGCGCUGUCAGACGCCGAGCACGGCCCCGCGGGGUCCGCGGGCGUCGCCGAGCUCGUCUCCGCCAUGGUCGGGGGAUGGAACGCGCAGCUCGUCGUCGAGGCGCCGGAGGUCUCGGCUCCCGACUCGGCCACCAUGAGCCUCGCCCUCGCCGCCGCCGCCGGGCGCACGGGAGGCCGCUACGCCCGCGUGCUGCCGGACGAGGACGCGGACCGGGCCAUGGCGGAGCUGGAGGGCGUGGACUUCUUGGUGGUCGACGCGCGGAGGCGGGACGGGGCGGCCGUGCUGGCGGCGGCCAGGCCUGGGCCGAGAGGGAUGGUGGUGGUGCGCCACGGCGACGAGAGGCGGCCUGGCACGAAGGCGCUCGAAGCGUCCAUGGCGGCAGGCACGAGGGUAGUGCGGUCCGUGUACCUGCCGGUCGACAAGGGCGUCGAGGUCCUCCACGUCGGCGUAGGCAAGGGGCCGAGCCUACAGUGCCGGCGCAGCCGGAGCGCGUCGAGCCGUUGGAUCCGGCACGUCGACCACAAAACCGGCGAGGAGCACCUCUUCCGCCGGCCGUAAAUUCAACCGCUAGCUUUUCUGUACAUCAAUCGUUUGUGGACAUGUAGUAGUAGUACCGUACCGUCCAAGGGAAUUAGCUAGGUGGCCAUGGUCAUGGUGUCCAGAUUCUUUGAAUCUGCCGGCAUGGUUUAAGAUGGAGGGAAACUGCGGUGAGCCAUGGUGUAAAUAAAUAAAAAUACCCCGCCAACUGGCUAGCUUUCCUA